GCGAGCAUCGAUGGCGUCGGGCACGGCGUUCAAGAGCUUCUCGCUCGCGAACGACAUCCUCGAGGUGUCGCCGCAGGACGAGAUAUUCAAGUUUGACCCAGAGGCCAACAAACGGCUCAACCGCGAGGCACCGUGGGCGAAGGACCCGCAUUACUUCAAGACAUGCAAGAUUUCUGCUGUCGCCCUGAUCAAGAUGGUCAUACAUGCGCGUUCAGGUGUGCCACACGAGAUCAUGGGCAUGAUGCAGGGCAAGGUUGUAGGGACGUCGCUGGUCAUCGUCGACUCUUUUGCACUUCCCGUACAAGGGACAGAGACACGAGUCAAUGCUGCGAACGAGGCGAAUGAGUACAUGGUGCAAUACGUUGAGAGUAGCAACCGGGUAUCAAGACUGGAGCAUGCCGUUGGAUGGUAUCACUCCCAUCCAGGUUACGGGUGCUGGCUAUCGGGCAUCGACGUGAACACCCAGAUGACGAACCAGAAGUACCAAGACCCUUUCGUCGCUGUCGUCAUUGACCCCAACCGCACCAUCUCUGCUGGCAAGGUCGACAUCGGCGCCUUCCGCACUUACCCAGAGAACUACACACCACCAGAUGCCGUAGCGUCUGAAUACCAGUCGAUCCCAUUAAACAAGAUCGAGGAUUUCGGUGUACAUGCCAAUCAGUACUAUCCGCUUGAGGUGCAGAUCUUCAAGUCCAGUCUUGACAACGAGCUGCUCGGUCUCCUAUGGAACAAGUACUGGGUUAAUACGCUCAGUCAGAGCCCACUGAUCUCUAAUCGGGCCUACGCCGUAUCUCAGCUGUCUGACUUGCAUCAGAAAUUGGCGAAAGCAGGGCAGUCCGUCCCGACCUCACAUGCGCCGCCUCCUGUUAUCAAGGAGGAGAAGACUCUUGGCAAGAAGACCGAGAAGAAGCAGGAAGAGAGCCAAUUGGUGAAGAGCGUCAAGGACAGCAACAAGAUCGCCGUCGAAGCUCAGCACGGUCUCAUUGCCCAGGUCAUCAAGGACGUCAUCUUCUCGAUGCGACCAGGAUCGGACGGUACCAAUGCUGUCUUGAGCCAGGCAUCGGAGGUUGUGGACACCGCAAUGUCCAUCGGUUAACAUCGCACCGCCAUAGAAAAUUGUAUCCGUUUCCUCGAUGUACUCUUGCGCCCUGUUUUCCCUCGCUACUGUACAUGUUUGUAUCAUAGUAACUCUUGCAACCUGGUUAUCGAUGUUAAGC